CGCUGACACACUAUCUUUCACAUUGUUAUUAGUCUAAAUAAAUCUAAAAAUUAUUUGGGUCGAAUAUUUAAAUUAAAAUAAAUAAAAUAAAAAACUGUUACUUAGCAAUUUUUUUAAUAUUAUUUGGAUUAAGGUUUAAAUUAAAAAAUGUUGCAGUGUUAUAACAGGGGAUGCGGUAAAAAAUUUAAUGCAGAUGAAAAUACGGAUGAAUCUUGUUGUCAUCACCCGGGUGAACCAUUUUUUCAUGAUGUAUAUAAAGGAUGGUUGUGUUGCAAUAAAAAAACUAUUGAUUUUACUGAGUUUUUAAAUAUUAAAGGAUGUACACUAUCAAAACACUCGAACAUAAAACCUCCUGAGCCAGUGAAAGAGGAAAAAAAUAUCGAAAUUGUUACAGAAGUACCUAAGGUAGAACGCCUCCCGAUCAAAUCGACCAUGGAAAGACCACCAUUUAAUGAAACACUUACUAAAGUUCACCCAGUUGUACUACCAGCACUCAAAGAAGCAAUUGAUUCAUUGAUUCCUAAAUUAAAAGAAAGUUCAUUAAGUAAUCGAGUAGAAACGGAUAUUAAAAUAGGUACUAGUUGUAAACGAUCAGGUUGUACUGCCGUGUAUUCUACAGAGACAAUUGAUUCUGAAUGCCAAUACCAUUCAGGCUAUCCAGUUUUCCAUGAAGGCAUGAAAUAUUGGACAUGUUGCCAAAAAAAAACAUCAGAUUUCACUGCAUUUAUGAAUCAGAAAGGAUGUUCUUAUUCAAAACAUAAGUGGUUUAGUGAUGAUCAAAAUUCGGAAGUUGUAAAUUGUCGUUACGAUUGGCAUCAAACAGGGAAAGAUGUAAUAGUUGCAAUAUAUGCAAAAUUGUAUCACUACGAAAAUAGUUCUAUAGAAAUUAAUCCUAUACGUUUAAAAGUCAGUUUGUGCUUCCCAGAACAAAAUAAUGCAAAAUUUGAAUUGGAUUUAGAAUUGCGAGGAAUAAUUGAUGUAAAGAAAACAACAGCAAAAAUGUAUGGAACAAAAGUUGAAAUUAUUAUGCCAAAAGCUGAACCUGGUUCUUGGGCUAAAUUAGAUUUUCCUAGAUCAAAACAAGUAAGUGAAACUGUACAGAAUGAUGUCGAUAAUAAAGGAAAACAAAGUGAUUCUGAAAAUUCUGAUGUGGAUUUAGAUGACUUAGAUCCAGUUGGAAUGGGUCCUAAAAUACUAAAUCUUUCAUAAAUCUAUCAAAGUUUUGUUUGUAUAUUCAUUUUUAGAAAAAUAAAUUUUGUGCAAAAGUUUUAUUUUAUUAUUUUAA